CUAAUCAGCAGAUAGGAUUUACAUUAUUAUGCAGCAGCGGUGUUGAAAAUGUGUUUGUGUUCGUGAAGAAAAUAACUCCUGUGAAUAACAACCUAUCUACUGACAUUUCAGAAAGAACAGUGGUCGUCGUUAGGUUACCAUGUCACAGGCUGCUUCGACUGAUGCUGUAUCGUCUGUAGACACCACCUCUCCACCUGCCCACACUGACCCCAGCUCCUGUCAGGACGUCCCAACAGCCCUCACGCCGCCCUCCACCCCUCUACAACCUCCUUCGAUCUCUGAGAGUUUCAGCCUCCCACAGUCCACCGAGGAGACGACCACAGAGGACACCCCCACCGAGACUACAGAGAGUCCAACUAACCAACUAGAGUCUGCCACCGAGGGUCAGGUGAUCGAAUGUGACCAACCAGUGAGUCUGGAGCCAGACCCACAGGGUGCAGAGGAGGAUGUGGAGAGCUCACACCAGGAGAAAGAAAAAGGUUGGGGGGGUUGGAGUUCAUGGGGAAAAUCUCUUCUAAACAGCGCCACCUCCACAGUGGGUCAGAGCCUGACCUCAGUUAAGGUGAAGGCAGGAGAGGCUCUGCGUCUUCACAAGACCUCGGUAGGAGAGGAGGCCCAAGAAGAAGAGGAUGGAGCGAAGGAGAAGAGAGAGGGAGAACGGGGAGAGGCUGACCUGUGCAGCUCCGGGGAUUGUUCUUCCGCGAGUGCUGCAGCUUCAAGCAGGGGUGUCUUUUCUUCAAUCACACAUGCUAUGCAGAACACUGGUAAGUCGGUGAUCAGUGGUGGUCUGGAUGCCUUGGAGUUCAUUGGAAAGAAGACCAUGACUGUUCUUGCUGAGAGUGACCCAGGUUUCAAAAAGACCAAGACCCUGAUGCAGAAGACUGCAUCACUCAGUCAGAUGUUGAAGGAAGCCAAGGAGAAGGAGCAGGCACGUCUGAGCAACCAGCCAAUCAGUACACCCACAGCUCACUACAGCAUUCUGUUUGACGACUACCAGGGCUUGUCUCACCUCGAGGCCCUGGAGAUCUUGUCCAAUGAGAGUGAGGCCAAGGUCCAAGCAUUCCUGACUUCGCUGGAGGUGGAGGAGCAGGAGGAGGUGAAGAAGGAGUUGAUCUUUAUUAAAGAUAUCUUCAUCAAUCGGGAAGAAGAGCAGGAAGGAGAGAAAGAGGAAAAGGAAGAAGGAGGACAGAUGAAGAAUAAUGGUGAUCUUAGUUCCCAUUUACACUGUUCUACUCCCCUAUCUGCUGAUGGCGAGGAGUUUGUGAGCGUUCUCACUGAGCUGCUGUUUGAGCUCCAUGUUGCUGCCACACCAGACAAACUCAACAAGGCUCGGAUGAGGGCCAAUGAUUGGGUGAGUGAGGUGGAGCGGCCUGUGACUACGAAGACAGUUGGCAGGGAAAUGCAGGACCACCUUGGAGGAGAGGCUUCAUCUGAAAAGAAUGAAAAGGAGGAGGAGAACAAAGAUGGUGAGGAGCAAGGGGAGGAGAUGAAGGGAGGAGAGGAGGAAAAGAAGGAGAAAGAAGCCUGCCUCAGAUCUGUGGAGACUGUCUUCCUGUCAUCAGUCGACAGUCUGGCAGAAGUGACGGCUCGCAGUAUCGAGCAGCUCCACAAGGUGGCAGAGCUCAUCCUCCAUGGCCAGGAGCUAGAGAAACCCGCCAGAGACCAGGCGCAUCUCCUUACCAGGUUGACGUGCGCUAUGUGUCAGGAGGUGAAGUGUUUGGCCAAGAAAUUCUCUGAUACGCUGCUUCUUGUUGGGGGUCAGAGCAAAGCAGAGGAGUUGAAUCCGCUGGUAAAUAGUGUGCUGCUAGAGGGCUCCAACAGCACCAGCUAUAUCCAGAAUGCAUUUCAGCUGCUGCUGCCCAUCCUGCAGAUCUCCCACAUCCAGAGUCCACACUGCCGACCUGUCACAGACCCAGCAACACAGACGCAUCACUAACACACACACUCACACAAGUGCUACCUGCUCACCUGCUUGUCUUAAUGUAUCAGUUGUUGUACAGUAAGGUAUAAAGAUUAUAUCAUUCCAAGUGCUUAUAUUUACAUUAAGUGCCGCAGAAACAGACAGAGGAUGCUGUUAAUAUCUGCAGAACAUAGUUAUGAAGAAAAAAAGAAUUAACAGAUACACGUAGAACUGAACCACAUGCAGGUUGCAUGUGUGUUUCUCGUACCAUAUACUGUAUCUCAGAAUGUUAUUGUGCCUCUGUUGUAGAACUGAUAUUUCGAAGCUCAGCUGAGAUUUGCUCUGUCUCUGUUGUCUCCAAAAAGCUGAACCAAAAGCAGUUGUGUCGAAGGGACACCACGUAAAUGUAUAUUAGGCUUUCUUUGCACUUCUUGUGGUCCAUUGUUAUUUUAACACAAAAGAAUUUUGAAUAACACUAAAUAAAUGCCUGUUUUACUGAAAUGUUCAAAUCUGAUGUCAGACAAAAUGCCAGUAUUAGUGAGACACCACAAUUUUCUUCUUAAAUGAAGCAACAUUACCUUACUUUGUCUGAUUUGAAACACUAACCUGGGCUUCGUACCUUAUGCAUUUAGUGCUACGUCUCCCUUCCUGUGUAUUUUCAGUGUAAUGUGGAUGAAUUCAUUCCUAAUUAUGUUUCGUGCUGCUACAUUUGAAUAAUUAGACAUUUCUGGGAAAAUUGCUCUCUUACCAACUCUGCAAGAAAGCAUAUUUCUCAUCAUGAGGAGUGAAAUAGCCAAAGCAUGGAGGUGACAAAUAAAGCCUUUUAAUUCUGUUUCACUGGGAUCUUUACAUUUAUAUACAGUACAUACAUCUGGACCACCAGAGGGACCUAACACAAGCAUUUCCUUUUUCCUCCUUUUCUCUGACCAGAGUAGAGUCUCAUUUGCCAUCCCAGGGGGCUCAUGGUGUAUCUGUUUGUUGCUUUCCAGUAAUAUACUGAUUGAUAGUUUCCAGUCCACAAGUCCUCAGACCUCUGAUGUUCUCGUUUCCCUUUUUACUUCUCUUUCUUUGUUUUUAGAGAUACACUGAUGAAAGAAUGCUAUUAAGUAAGUAUUAGUCACUCCUGUCAUAAUGUUUUGGCUCUUUUCAGCUAUUGCCAGAUGGGGUAAGACUGUUUAUCAGACUUGCUUCUGCUUUAGAAUAACAAAUGGUUUGUAAUGGUGACUGUACAAUGUUUGGAAACCAGGUUGUUUUCUAUAACCUUAGAUAGACUGUUCUAAUAAAUUGCUCUGUUUGAGGGUGAGAAGCUGAAAAUAAACCAGUUUUAACCAUC